AUGAAUUAUAUGAUAGCGACGGCGGAGAGACAAACUGAUCCACAAGGCAGUGACGAUAACAGUGCUAUUAUCGAGAGUAGUGAUGAGGAAAUUCCUGAUAAAGACAAUAUAGAUCAGUCAAGCGACAGUGAUUGCGAAAAUAUUCCAAACAAACGUACGAGACAAUGCAUGCGAUUCCCUUCCAGUUCUGAAGACAAAGGUGGAAGUAACAUACCAAAUCAGCAAACUAAAAUUGCUUCAGACGGAACUAUUUGGAAAAGAAUUGAAGAAGGAAGUGUUGCUGGUAGAUUACCAGUUCAGAGUGUUUUCAAAGAUGUACACGGGCCAACAGCACAUGCUAAAAGAAACAUUAUGAAGGGGAAUCUAAGUAAGUUAGAAGCCUCUCGAGUUUUGGGGAAAAACUGGACACUUACGCAAGCAAAAUUGAAGGCGUUUCUUGCAAUAUUGUACGCACGUGGGGCGUACGAAGGAAAUACUUUGAGGCUUCAAUAUUUGUGGAACAAAAAUCAGAGGAGUCAACGUUUGCAAACAGACAAAUUCGCUUUAGUCUCAGCAGUUUGGGACAAAUUUAUUGAAAACAGUCAAAAUUGCUUCAAACCGAGAGCUUGUAUUACCGUGGAUGAGCAACUCUUUCCAACGAAGGCCAGAUGCAGAUUUACCCAGUAUAUGCCAAACAAACCCAAUAAAUUUGGCAUAAAAUUUUGGCUGGCGUCUGAUGUACAGACGAAAUAUGUGGUAAGUGGCUUUCCGUAUUUAGGAAAAGACGAGGCUCGAAAUGCAUCAACUCCCCUAAGCGAAUUUGUCGUAAUGAAACUUCUUGAACCGUAUACCAUGAAGGGUAGAACUGUAACAACCGAUAAUUUUUUUACAAGUAUUCCUUUGGCGUUAAAAUUAAGAUCUAAAAAUACUUCGUUGCUUGGAACAAUACGCGCAAACAAGAGGGAACUGCCGAAAACUUGCAAACUGAAAAAAGACAGCAUGGCUCGUUUCUCAACGUUGUUGUACCAAUCCAAUGGAUGCACACUUACCGUUUACAAGAGCAAACCAAAUAAAAAAGUACUUAUACUAAGUACAAAACAUAAACACGUCAAAAUUGAUAAAACUGCUAAGAAAUUACCUGAAACUGUAUCGUUUUAUAAUAGAACUAAAUUUGGCGUCGAUGUCACUGAUCAAAUGGCACGAAAAUAUACCGUGAAAUCAGGUUCCAGAAGGUGGCCAUUUCAAGUCUUUUUCAAUAUUUUAGAUUUAGCCGGAAUAAAUUGCUGGAUAUUGUACAAAAAUACAACAGGAGAAAAUAUCUCACGGAAAGACUUUCUGUUUCGAUUAGCAAAAGAACUUGCUUCAGAAUAUUAG